AUGCGAUUCUCGCCUCCUCUCACCUCCUUUGAUGUCUCGCCUCCUCUCACCUCCUUUGAUGUCUCGCCUCCUCUCACCUCCUCUCAUGUCUCGCCUCCUCUCACACCUCCUCUCAUGUCUCGCCUCUCCCUAUCACUCUUCCUACACCCAGUCCCCGCUAUAAGGGACCUCAAGGCAGCUCUUACGAUGCCACCUUCAUUCCCCUACCUCCUCCCCCCCUCCUCCCCCCCGUCCCUCCCCUUCCCCCUCCACCCACUUCCAGUCCCCGCUAUAAACGACCUCAAGACAGCGCUGAGGGUGCCGGGCUCCUUUGGCUGGCGGAAGGGCGCCUCUUGCUCUGACGACGGAUUAGGGCGGUUCUACCGAGGAUUGAAGUGCGAUGAGAACGGGAACCUGAUAGCCAUACAUCCACUGGGGUCUGCUGGACUCGCGGAUCUCCACUCUGCCGCCCUCAAUCUCCGCCCUCACCUCUCUCACCGAAAUGUCAGUAUGAAUGGAGUGACUUUUGAGUCGACUCAAAAGAAUGGAGUGACUUUUGAGUCGACUCAAAAGAAUGGAGUGAGAGAUUCGCUCUCCCUCACCCUCGAUACCGUCCUCCUCCUUCUGUCUUACCCUCUCAUCACCACCACCCCCUCAUUCUGUCUCUGUCAUACUUAUACUUUCCCCACCUCUCUCCCCCCCACCACCGUCAGCACCCUCUCAUCAGCCUACAUCUUCUCUCGCCCGGACCCCAUAAUCUCAUCCUCCCAUCGCCUCUCAACUCCUCCCAUCUCCUCUCAACUCCUCCCAUGUCCUCUCAACUCCUCCCAUGUCCUCAACCCACCCCUCACAACAUCAACACCUCCUUUCGCUUCCAUUUCCUCACUUCCCAAUUCUACUCUAUCUCAUUCCCCACCUCUCUUUCAUUUCACCCGCCUCCAUCUCUCUUCUCUCUGUAGCCUCAUUCUGAACUCUGACCUGUCUUGGAAUUCUCUAUACGGCCCCAUCCCCCCCUACCUCAUCAACCACGCCUCUCUCACCAAGCUAUGGCUCUUUGACAGCAAGCUCACCGGCCCCAUCCCGCCCUUCCCCUUUGCUGCUUUCUUCUUUCUCCCCUUCCCCGCCUCUCCCAUCCCCCGCCUCUACCCUCCCCCGCCUCUCCCCUCCCCCGUCUCCCCUCCCAGUGACCUCUCUUGGAACUCCCUAUACGGCCCCAUCCCCCCCUACCACGCCACCUUCACCAAGCUAUGGCAACAAGCUCACCGGCCCCAUCCCCCCCUUCCCUAUCUUAUGUUUCCUCUUUCUUCCCUUCCCCCCCACUCCCUUCCCCCCUCUCUCCCUCCUCCCAGUGACCUCUCUUGGAACUCGCUAUACGGCCCCAUCCCCUCCCACCUCAUCAACCACGCCACCCUCACCAAGCUAUGGCUCUUUGACAACAAGCUCACAGGCCCCAUUCCGCCUUACAGCCCGCGCCUCUCCUCUCUCCUGCUCUUCAAAAACUUCCUCACAGGGCGGCAACUGCCUCUCCUACACCAGAAAAUACACAGGCGCGUGCAAGGGCCUUCCCAGAAGCUUCAUGGUGCAGCGGAACCCUAUGUUCUGCGGAGCAGCAAUGUGCGGUGGGAACUUAACUAA